AUGAACAAGUUCUCGACAUCUCUGGUUUACUUUUGUGUUAUUUUUUCAGCCAUUUUGCUGUUGGGCAGCUAUCAAAAUGUAGAAGCAUUCGCUGUGCAAAAUGGUCGCCGAGAAAUCAAGGAUUCAAUGGUAAAAGAUUUAGUUGCUUUUUUUAUGGUGUUGCGUUUUAAAACUUACUUUGGGGAUGUUAUGGCUCAUGUUAUGGCUCUUUAGUGUCUUUAUUUUUCCAAAGACAAAAAUUUUCCGAUUAAAUUGUUACACACUUUCUGUACAACAUUUUUUUCCUUUUUCUACUAUGCUAAUCAGUUCAUUAGUCGGCCUUAUAGCGUAAAGGCGAAGAGGCUUCUGGUCUGUGUCCGUUAUUAAGCAUGAUGGUAUACUUAAGGAGACGUUUGUCUAACAAAUUAUUAUAGCCAAAAGGAGGGAAAAAACGCCGGUACUCACGCACAAAACUAAAGAUUGGCGUUGGAAUUAAAAGGUUAAUUUCAAUCAGAAGCAUAUCUGUUUUAAUUCAUAACGAUGAAGUAAACAUGGACAAGUAAUUUUGUCUUCGGCAGCACUUUUUUGUUAAAAAAAAUACAUCUGUUUUUUACUCUUUGUGUUGCAGUUUCUUCGUUCCAGAAGAGAUAUUUGUGCGGCUGCAAGGUCAUUGAAUUGUCAAGAAGAUGAUUAA